CCAUUCUGCAAACAACACUUGAAGACUUCACACCAUGAAAAUUGCCAUCGCAUUAACUUGUUUGCUGGCGCUAUUCGCAACAGCUCAAGGGAUCGAACAAGUUGAACACAUUGCUGAUUUGGAUGUCGCCGAACAUCAUGCGUCUAGAAAUCCCGGUUAUGGUGGACAACAGGCUGGCAAUUAUGGUGGAAAUCGGGGUGGACACAGUGCACACCUUAACGCCCAACGUCCAUACUCUAACGGACCUGCAUACUCCGGCGGACGAGGCCACCGAUCGGUUAAGGAAAAUCUGCCUAAUGUUCUGAGCGUUCAGCCGUUUGUUCAGGAUGUCGUCGACAUUGAUGUUGCCGAGAGCAGAAGAACCGGUGGUCAUUACGCUGGACAAGGAGGAGGACAUCGGCAUGGAAACGCAGGAGGACAUCGCGGUGGACACAGUGGUGGCCACGGUGGACAUGCAUUUGGCCGCAAACGCCGAUCCCUCGAAGACGACGACGUCAUUGACUUGGAAGCUGCUGAGCAUCACGCUCAAGGUUACGGAAGCUAUGGUGGCUAUGGAAAUUCAGGUGGCUAUGGAAAUAAUGGCUAUGGAAAUAAUGGCUAUGGAAAUAAUGGCUAUGGAAAUAAUGGCUAUGGAAAUAAUGGCUAUGGAAAUAAUGGCGGCUAUGGUGGUGGCUAUAACAGCUAUCCUGGCUAUGGUGGGCAAUCAUCCAACAAUUAUGGCUCAUAUGGAGGACAUAAUCAAUGGGGACGUUAAGCUACACAAUGUGGUUUGGCUACUAUGGUUAUGUUGAUCGCUUUUAAUUAAUGAUAAUGUUGUUUCCUUCACCAUCAAACUUAACGUGUUAAAGUAUCCGGUGUAAGGCGUAACGUAAGGAAUUGGUUUCGUAACAGAAUACUCGUUUUGAUUCAAUACAAAAUUUCGACAUUGGUAA